GCGUAAAUCGAACCGCUCGAUUAGGAUGACCAGAGCCGUCCGAUCUAGGGCAGCGUUUUGAAUCUUUUCAUUCAAUACAUAUGCCGAUUUGAUAGAAAGCAGAGUUUUAAUUGCAGGGGCGGGGAUUUGAGGGUUUUACUUCUGCUUCAGAUAUUGUCUGUCAAUUGUGGAGGGAGAACUUCAAAAGUAAAUUGAAGCAGGACAACUACAUUGCAACUUCACUUCAAAAUGGGACGUGUGAGAACAAAAACUGUUAAGAAAUCCUCUCGUCAGGUGAUAGAGAGGUACUAUUCCCGAAUGACACUUGACUUUCAUACCAACAAGAAGAUUGUUGAAGAAGUUGCCAUUAUUCCCUCCAAGCGUCUGAGGAAUAAGAUUGCUGGGUUUUCAACACAUUUGAUGAAACGCAUUCAAAGAGGUCCAGUGAGAGGAAUAUCACUGAAACUUCAAGAGGAGGAACGUGAAAGGCGCAUGGAUUUUGUUCCCGAAGAGUCUGCCAUAAAAACAGAUGUGAUUGAGGUUGAUAAAGAAACCAUUGAUAUGCUUGCUUCAUUGGGCAUGUCUGACUUGCCUGGAGUUGUGAAGCAGGCGGAUCCCCCAGUUGGUGGUGGUUUCAGGCCAGGUGGUUUUCAGGCAGGAGGUGCUCCUGGCAGGAGACUGUAGGAAAAGACUUUAGCUUUAUAAUGUUUCAGGCGGAUACCUCAGUGGGUUGGUGUAAUUCUAUGUUGGGCAGACUCCUUUUUUGGGGGUUGUCUUGGCGGGAUACUUAAUACGAGUCUUUUGUAAUGCUUGUGCAGAGUUUGAGGCAUUGAGAUCGGGAACAUGUCAUUUUUCAAAAAAUAUUUCUUAGUUAUUUAAUUGUUAUUUGGGUAUCCGGCUUAUUUAAGAAUUUUUAAAAAAAGUGCUGAAUAUUAUAACUUGCAAGCUCAGUGAUUGUAUCCUGGGAUAUGUUUGCUUUAUAUUCACAACAUGCAGAUUUUUUUUCCA